GUGUUUAUAACCGUGGGUUCGGCCGCCAAACGCCAGUACCUCAAGAAGCUGUUCCCCAAACUGACUGACAAACAGUUCUCGUCGUCGCGAGACUUGAGUUUCAAGACUCAUGUGAUGAACGAAACUCGCGGUAAAGGUGUGGAUCUGGUGCUCAACUCCCUCUCCGACGACAAACUGAAGGCCAGUAUUGAGUGUCUGGCAGAUAACGGACGCUUCCUCGAGAUCGGCAAAUACGACAUGUCUGUCAACAGCCGAUUGGAUAUGAGCGAAAUGAUCAAAAACAAGUCAUUCCACGGCAUACUUCUGGACGCGUUGUUCACCACCGAUGAAAACACACCGCAAUCCGUACUCAGAGACCGAAAGCGCAUUUGGGAACUGAUCGAAGAGGGCAUCAAAACGGGAACCGUUAAGCCGUUAGACAGAAGCAUAUUUGGUGUCGACGAGUGCGAAGAGGCGUUCCGUUACAUGUCUUCGGGUAAACACAUGGGAAAAGUGGUGAUCAAAAUCCGCGACGAAGAGCCCAACGGACAGCCGAUGUCGAAGAAGCCGCUGCUCAUGGAAGCGGUCGCUCGCACUGUCUUCGACUCCAACAAAGUAUACAUAGUUAGCGGCGGUUUAGGCGGUUUCGGUCUCGAACUCAUCGACUGGAUGUGCGAAAGGGGGGCCAAAAAGUUUUUGGUCACUUCCCGUUCGGGAUUCAAAGACUCGUACCAGAAGUCAAAGGUUAAGAAACUGCAGACCAAAUCGGGCGCCGAUAUACACAUUGUCACUGAUUUGGACCUAACUUUGCCCAAAGAGGCGACACAGUUGUUGAACAUCGGCUCCCGUUUGGGACCAAUUGGCGGUAUUUUCCACUUAGCGCUGGUGUUGGCCGACAGCGCGUUCGACAACCAGACCUUCGAGACAUUCCGUACGGUUUGUCAAUCAAAGUCCGACCAAUUCCUCACACUAGACAUUGUGUGUCGCAAAUACUGUCCGGACAUCGACUACUUCGUGGCGUUCUCGUCGGGCGUCACCUCACGGGGUAAUGUCGGCCAAACGAACUACGGCUUCAGUAACGCCAUUAUGGACCGCAUUUGCGACGUCCGUCGGGCCGACGGCUACAGCGCUCUCGCCAUCCAAUGGGGAGUCAUCGGCGACGUCGGCGUUGUCGUCAGGAAUACGGGUCGCGACGAUGUGGUGGUCAUCGGAACGGUUGCCCAACGGAUGCCCUCUUGUCUUCAAAUAAUGGACACACUGUUACAGUCGGGCAAAGCGUGUUGUAUGUCGUUUGUCAAGUGUGAGCCCAAACAGGAGGCCAGCGGUGGUAAAGAGAACUUCAUGAAGAAGUUGGCCCACAUUCUCGGUAUGGAUGACAUCAAGAAAGUGGAUCCCAACACCAAACUGUUGAAACUCGGUAUGGAUUCGCUGAUGGCUGUGGAGGUCCAGCUCUCCAUUGAGCGCGAGUUCGGCAGCGUUUUGACCGCCCAAGAGGUCCGCGAACUGUCCAUCGCUCGCGUCCUCGAGAUUGGCUCCAAAGCCGAGGCCUAAACCACUUCUUCGGUGUCGGCUUUUUCUGUUGACCACAUUUAC